AUCGGUCAUAGCCAUCUAGGGCGAUGUUUUCGCUCCUCCUCGUUGCGCUUGCGGCAAAGCGGCGGUGGGACGACAGCGACGUGGCGCAGGGUCGGGGCGGUGCUGCGAGAGGCCCGCGCGUGGCGGUCGUGCUCGCCGGCCCCGCCCGCACCCUCGCGACCCGCUCGGUGGUGCGCGGCCUCAAGAGGCACGUUCUCAGCUCGAGCCUGUAUGAUGCGACGCUCUUUGCGGCGCUCACGCUCGACGCUCCGCUGCCUGACGUCCCUCUGUCCGGCUACAACGCCUCCCUCCUUCGAGCGCUCUCCGCCCAGUCGCUCGUCGACCGAGCGCUCGGCUUCCUCGCGCCCCGCGCCUUGGCCUUCUUCAACGCGUCGGACGCCGUCGCCUCGAUCGGCCGGCGAGCAUGCAGCGGGAUCCCAACGCCGCCGACCGCCUUGCGAGGCCCGCUCGCCACCAAGCACGAGUGGGUGGUCGAGCUGUACGCUGCGCAGCUCGGCUUCUCGCUCCUCCGCACCGACGAGAUGGCCUCCGGCCUCCGGUACAUGUUCGUGCUGCGGCUCCGCCCCGACCUGCUGUUCCGAGGCCCGCUCUUCUCCGCCGUCCAGCCCGCCCCGAACGUCUCGGUCGCGGCGCCGCCGGACCGCGCCUCGGACUUCGCCGUCCUUGGCGCGCAUGCGGCGCCCGCCUACUUCAACGCCUUCGGCGCCGCGGCAUCGUGCGCGCUCGCGCCGCCCUUCGCCCCCGCGGGCUGCCACUCGGCAGCCAGCGUGGCCGCGCAGAUGGCGCUGCACGCCGCGAAGGUCGCCACGGCGCCGCCCGUCGCCGUCCCGGCCGCCGCUUGCCUCGUCAACAUCAGCGGAUCCGGCUGCACCGGCGGGGCGUGGGGCGCUAGCGAGGCUUGCGCCGCCGCGCGCAAGUCUGGCUUCGGUUUGGAGGAGGGCGAGUACGCGCCGCUAGAUGCGGGGCACGCGGAUCCGUACGCGUCGUUGCGCACGGGUGAGGAGUCCGCCGCUGACACGCCAAAGAGCGAGGGCGGGUCGCUCGCGCCGAGCGACUUUGCCUUCAACGACAAGAGCUAG